AUGGCUCAACCAGUGGAGACUCUCUUUGACGAGCUGAUCGCGUCGAACUCCUCGUCCGCCUACGAGACGCACCAGCGCGCCGACAUCACGCCCGCGUCCGAGGACGGCAUCGACAUCUCCAGCAUCAAGGUUUUCCUGGACACGCUGCCGCGCGAUAACAGGUACAAGAACCAGAAGACCUGGAAGGUCGUCGUUGACUACAUGUCCGAGUGGGUGGCGCCAGAGGGCUUCUCCCUGGAGGCGCUCGGGGACGCCGCGAAGGGCGGCGUGCAGGCGGCGCCCCCCGACUCAGUUCCGAGCGGGGUGCUGCCUGGCCAGCCGCUCGCGGAGGCAGACACCGUGCAGCUGGUGAUGGAGAGGAACGAGGACGGCACGUACGAGGUGCUGAAGAUCUUCAACCUGAAGGAGCCCGUCAGCGCGGCGCACGCGCAUGGCCUGUGCGUCGGAGACGCGCUGCGCGUGCCCAAGCGCGCGAACGCCUACGGGGCGCGGAAGGCCUUCCAGACGAUCCUACAGCGAGCGAGGGGGUGGAGGCUCUUGUUCGCGAAGACUGUGGACGAGGACGCGGGCGCGAACCAUGGCAAGCGGAAGUCGCCUCAUCGGGGGGAGAUCACGAGAGGGAUUGAGUUCAUCAAGGUCCACUCGCCGCCGAUGGGGACGAUGGCGCAGGUGGAGUGGCUGCUGAUCAACAACAAAGCGAAGGACCCCCCCAUCCGCGGGUGGCCAGCGGCAUACGUGAACAAGAUUUGCGAGAUCAAGGCGAAGAGCAAGAUGACGGCGGAGCUGGAGCAGGACUUCCCCCUGACAGCGAGCGACCUGAAAGACAGCGUCUUCCGCGACGUAGUCUCCGCGAUCGCCCCGUACCUGCCAGAUCACGGCCUGCUGGCAGUCGGCCGCCCAGGGGCUGGGAAGACCCCGUUCGCCUUCAUCAUGGCCCCUGGCUUGGGCCAGUAUUGGCUUGACCAGGCGGGCGUCGAGGGCGUGACACCAGGGUGGUACCGGGGGAAACAGUUCGACGACUUCAAGGGCGUCGACUCCCUCGUCCACAACGGGGUCGUCAUCGACGACGGGAACGUGCCCAAGUUUAGGUGCGACGACGUGAAACAAUUCAUGGACGCGGGGUUCAAGAGGCACGUUGACUGUCGCUACUCGCCCGCGUCCUUCGCGAAGAACUGCUUCCGCGCCAUCUGCGAUAACACGUGGGACAGCGCGGCCGAGCCUUCGAACCCGCAGCACGGCGUCUUCAUCAAGUGGGGGACCUUCUACGCCAUGAUUCGGCCGUCCUUCUCCGAUGGUGCGAACAUGUGGGCCUACGGAGACUGGAAGCGUGGCGUUCGGAACUACCCCGACGGUUUCAAGCAGGCCAAGGCCGCAGAGAGGGAGCUCUUCGCAAACCUGCUGCGCGAGCGGCCCCGCGGCGACGCGGGUGCUUCGUCGGUGCGCCGCGCCCCUGAGGCCGCGUGGCAGCCGUGGGAUGGCUCGUUGCCCGCCAACUCCGACGGCGCGCCUGGCUGGUGGGCGCUCCUGGCGCCAGAGAAGAAGUCCGAGCUCGCGCGCUUUGCCCACCAGGCCAUCCAGCACUACCGCGGGUUGCUACCAGACGUGUUCGAGGACAUGCGCCGCGAGUUCGGUGUCAGCUGCGACGCGGCCUCCGACGUCGUCCACUACUUCCUGGCCGGGGUCGCGGAGUCGGAGGAGAUAUCGAGGGCAGUGGAGGCGGGCCUGGCCGAAGUGCUCGGCGGCGGCGCCGUCGCCGAGGGCAUGGGGGAGGAGCAGGUCAUCGCGGCGCUCGCGGACGAGGAGGAGGCGCUGAAGGAGAUGGAGGCGGGUCUCGCCGCGAAAGAGCUGGAGGGCCAGCGCGACGCCGAGGCGGAGUGGGACGCCGCACAGCAGGAUGCGAACGGGUUCCUGGGCUUUGACGACCCGCCAGCCGAGAAGGGCAUCCAGUACUAUGCGAGGGCCUUGCCGCGGCAUGAGAAGAACGCGCACCUCAUCGCCGAGGAGCAGACCGCGGUCUUGCCGCGGCAGGAGCAGGGCGCAGAGCUCGCCGCCGAGGAGCAGGCCGCGGAGGAGGCGGGCAGCGCGAGCCCCG